ACAUAUGGCCACUGAUGCAGUAAGACCUGUACAAGUAACUAAAGAACCAACUGUGCCAAACAAAGUGCCAAACUGUCACAAAUGCUGAAGGACCCAUAUCAGAGCUAGUGCCAAACUGUUACCAUGGAUUUAUAUCCAAAUGCAUCUUGAAAAGCUACGUUUCGGAAAGUGAGAAAAAUGCUCAAAUAUUUAGACAGAAAACAGACCCAGCAGAUAUUUCAAUUAUAGUCUAUGAUAAGAAAAAGCCAAUAUAUGCUGAGGUGAUGAAAAGCUUAAAUCAGAGAGGAAAAGAAGCAGUUGAGAAAAAACAACCUUGGCUGAUCAAUUUACUGGUGGAUUGGUGCUCCUUCGAUCAAGUGAUUUGUGCAGAAAGAGCAGUGUCAAAUGAAUGUGAAGCAGAAGUAAAAGAUAUUAUUACAGUCAAGCAUUGGACUAAAGAUGGCGUGUUGAAUUUAAUAAGGCUUCAUGAGGAACAUGAUCAUUUGUUUAGCAAAGGUGGGGUGAAAAAGAAGUCCGUCUGGGAACGUAUAUCCCGGAAGCUCUCAGAUCUGGGAUAUACGUUCUCACCUUUACAGUGUGAACAGAAAUGGAAGAACUUAACAAAACAGUAUAGAGAUGUUGUUGACCACAAUGCUAAGAGUGGAAAUUACGUAAAAGAAUGCCCAUUCUUCACAGAGUUAAAUGAAGUCUAUGGGUAUAGACUCAAUGUGAAGCCACUUUGCCUUCUCGAAUCUUCACCUGCUGAUUCUAAUAACAAUGAAGAGAUAAGCAUUGAAGAAAAGUCUGAAUCUGGGAGUAGUACAACUAUUAACAAAAGGAAACAUAUCAUGGUAACUUCGUUGAAUGAGCAAAAAAACCGUAAAACUGAUACUGAUCAGGGGAAAAACAAAUCACAAGACAAAGAACAAAGAAAGAUCAAAACAACUGACAAUGAAGUUAUAACAUUUUUGAAAUGAAUGAAAGAAGAAAUGAAAGAAGAUCAGGAAAAACUUAUACAAGAACUUAAAUCUCAACAUAACGAAAAAAUGGAAAAGGAAGGGAAAAGGCUUGAAUUAAUGGCCAAACUUAUUGAUAAGUUAAACUAAGGAUUGUUAGUUUUAAAAGUGUGCUCAAGUGGAGAAAUUAUUCCGUUUUCAAAUGAAAUGUUUUAUUUGAAGUUGAUUGAUUUCUUUUUUCUUUUAAUGCCAAAAGAUGGUGCUAGUCAAACUGUUUUCUUUUAUUAUUUGUUUGUUUUAUUGAUAUUGAUAUUGUUUUAUUUUAUGUUUUUGUUAAAACAAUGUUUAUUAAACAUAAAUUGCAAUUGAAUUUUUUCUUAUUCAGAUCCCAGUCCUUAUUACAUUGUAUAUUAGUUUUCAUAAAAAAAAAUUUAAAUAAAUUUUUUUCCUCAUACAUGUAUCUUUGAAUUCCAGCAAUUCA